AUGGAUCGACGCAAUGGCGGAACAAACUUGGCGCCACCACGGCCCCCGAAAUCGUUGCCCCGUGUGCAUCGUCCCCGGGCUCCAGAGCCCAAUAACAGUUUGUCGACGACGACAAGUACAACAUCCGGUAACAUUGUUGCUUCGUUGUCUACUGCACCACCGAUGAGUAUGCUUCCAACAGACACCAGAAAUGCCGGGGAGGUCAAAGAAACCCCCAUUAAUGUUCUAAGCGGUAACAACGCUUUACCACCCCAACUUUCACCGAAGCCGCUUCAUCUAAUCGGAUGUAGUAACAAGAAGCCACCACCGGUUGCUCUGGCCAGUGCUGGAAACAUCGUCACGCUGAGGUUCAGUGAUUUAAGUAACUGCAGUAAUAUACCUUGUAAUAGCAUCAGCAAUGUUAGCAAUAUAAACAUUGCCAACAAUAAUUCCCAACAUCCCGGCGGAAGCAGCAUCAGUGCUGUUACCGGAGCAAGCGAGGCGAGUUGUGGACGUAACUUUAACGCUAGCCUAAGAAACAACGUUAUCCGAGAAGGAUGUAAGAGUAAUAAUAAUAAUAGUAGUGAUAGUAGUAAUGUUAGUAAUACUAGUAGUAGAAGCAGCAGCAGCACGAGUAGUAAUAGUAGCGCCAUCAACACCACCAAUAACAACAAUUGCAACAGUAGGCAGUCCACUUCGUUUUCUCCUUCACUUCCACCUCAUUAUCUUCAUCACCAUCAUGGAGGAGCAGGAAGUAAUCGAAGCAUCAGUAGCAACGCUUCGACCGUGUCAACUGCGUCUUCAAAUGCUUCAUCGACAGUGGCGUUGCUGAGGUCGCAGGUCACGCCACUUGUGUCACUACAGUCCCGGUUGUCUCCACCUACAUCCCGAUCGCCAUCCAGCCAUCUCCAUACAGCGAGCCUUUUAUCCGACCGGCCUACGUCUCCGGCCAUCAACAACAGCAGCAAUGCGUUUGCCCGCCGACGUCUGUCACCUGUCCUGCAAGGUGGCCCUGGCUAUCUUUCACAUAACCAUCACCAUCUACCAAGUAUUCAAGUGGGAAGUGUAACAACAACAACAUCGACAUCGGACUUAUUGCUUCCAGUAGAUCAAUCGAUUCCAGUGGCAUCGAACGCAGCCGCCGUCGUUCCAACAACCCCCGUAUCCCUUUCGGCUCCAAGACCUGAAAACGAACGCCUUGCAAACGAGUACGUGGACACACCCUUCAGUCGGCAUUGCAGUGGCGGAAGUGAACUAUCUGGUGUUGGAGGGACGAUAAACAUUCCAUCGUUUGGCAUUCGGGGAGGUUCUGGACCGGGUAGAGGAACUGACGACCCCGCGAAUGGUUCAUACUCUUCAUCAAUUAGGGAGGCUAACUCGAUAAUCACGGGUCAGCCGCGACUCAACACCACGUCGAUGAUCGUUGAACGAUUGCCGUCUGCGAUCAUUCUCAGAAGCAUAGACAGUACUACAACAAACGAUGUAAACGAAGAAGAAAAGAGCUUACAUUCAUCUACAGCAGCGUCAGAGGCCAUCAUUCCUCCCCGACGACCAACGUUACUGCCACUUCAGCUGACGGUAAACGCUUCGUCUCUUCCCAUCACUAAGCAACCGUCGAAGACCGUACCAACGACAAUGACGUUGAAGGACACCGGCGGCUCCGAUCUACACGAGCGUCUUGAGUUGGAUCAUCACUAUCACCAUCACCAUCAUCACUCGACAACUGAUCGUCCGCUAGUUUCAACUGUUGGCGGUGGCGGGGACGGCGGGGGCGGUGGUACUGGAAACCUCUUGCCAUUCGGAAGAGCCGGUACCGAUGGAGGGUUACUUGGUUCUAUUACUUGUCCCCGAUGUCGCCGAUGUCGCUGCGAGGAAUGUCAGCGCCCCCGAUCCCUGCCCUCACGUUGGCUCUGUGACAAUAGUUGUCUUUGCAGCGCGGAAACGAUUAUCGAUUAUGCGUCCUGUUUAUGUUGCGUCAAAGCUCUCUAUUAUCACUGCUCCAAAGACCACGAACUGGAACGCGACGUGGUGGCUAGAGCUGGGGGUGGCAAUUACGGCGUCGCUAGCAACGGAGACGCCGGCACGAUCGAGACGAUUUCUUGUGCCGAUGAUCCCUGCUCCUGUGUUCCACACAAGCGUGCCACACGCUGGGGAUGUCUGGGGGCGCUUUCACUGGCUCUUCCAUGUCUCUGGUGCUACUGGCCAAUGCGUGCGUGUGUGGCCGUGUGCGCACGCUGCUAUGCCAAACAUUCCCGCCACGGUUGUCGCUGUACGCUACAGCAGCUGCAGCAACAGCAACAGAUAAUCGGAAGUAGUGCGGGCAGCGGUCCUCUUCUGUUGCUUGCCUCGAGAGGUAACGGUUCUAUGGGUAGUGUGAGCAUGAGUAUUCAUGGAGCUGGUGAUGGCGCAAUGGCGGACAAUGGUAUCGUGGAAGGACAGGGACAACAGCAGAUAGAAGGUAAAUCCGGUCCAGACUCUGUCUCGUCGCCGUUGCAACAUCUCCAUCACCAUUUGCACCACCAUCUGCAUCAUCACCAUCAUCACCAUCACCACAACAACAACAAUGGAGGGCGACGGGGAGGCUCUGAGGUAACGACACCCGAGAAGGGACUACUCGAUUCCAGUCCGGAUGGGCACUGA